UAAACACCUACGUAAAGUACUCACAAUACUUCGUUUAGUCAUAAAUUUGUGUGUGUUUUUUUUUGUAGUUUUCUUUUUGCCGAAUCGAUUUCAGACAAAUAAAUCCGAAAAAAAUGGCAGCCGAAUCUUCCAAAACUGAAAGAGAGCACGCAAAAAUUUUAAAUGAUUUACAAGCAUUGCGAAACGAACAACGAAAUAUUGUUAGCAAUAUUUCAACAUUAGAACUUGAUUUAAAAGAACACAAAACGGUCAUCGAUACACUCAAAUCGGUUGAUGAAGAUCGCAAAUGUUUUCGAUUGAUCGGCGGUGUGUUGUGUGAACGAACAGUAAAAAGCGUUCUACCCCAACUGAACGAUGCCAAGGAGCAAUUGGAAAAGCUUAUUGCACAGCGACAAGAACAAUUGACCUCUAAAGGUGUGGAGAUAAAUAAAUUUAGAGAAAAGCACAACAUCAAAAUCAAAGGCGAAGGAAGCCCAGGUGCUGAAUCAUCGACUGCUGGCAGAAGCGAAGAAAAUCGUAACCAUGUUCUAGUGGCGAACUAACAAUGGCUAUAAUCCACAAUCUACAUCAAUUUCGCGUUUAAGUUUUCAAAUUCAACUUUUGGCAUUUGUUUUAUUCACUGUUUAAAAACUCAAUACGAUAAUAACUCAUAACAAGCACAUACACGUCACACGUAAAAUUAAAAUAAUAAAUACACAAUUUAUUUGAUGCAUUUGAUGCGAUGCACGCAUCGAUUUAUUUGUGCGAAUUGAAUCAAACAUUUCAUGAUUAAAAUAAAUCUAUCUCUGCUAAAUUAAUAUUGAAA